GUGUUGUUGGACGGAUUUGGAUCAAGACUGAUUAAUAGAAUGGGCUUUCGCCCACAGUGGGGGAACGAAGAUGGAAAGAAAGCUGGAUGUGAUGGUGGAGAUGAAUGUCUUUCUCAAGUACCGUACGCUUCUGUUAUUGCUACGUUGAUGUGUGGCAUUGGUGUAAUACUUUUUGCACUAGUCAUGGCUUGGGCAUUUAAUGCAUCUGUAGAACAAGCACGACGAAUGUUCAAUGUGGAAAAUUUACCUUGGCUUGCAAAAAUGCAAGCAUUGUUUGUGGUUGUUGCCGUGUUAAUGGCAUUAGCGGCAUUAAUGUUACUGAUUAUUGCUGCUAUGAGUACGGGUUCAACAAGGAAAAAAGUUUAUAGAGGAAUGCGAGGUCGUAUAGGUGGCAAAAUGGCAAAUGCAUUCUCACUAAUUACUGCAUAUGUUCUGAAUAUAUGUUGGCUGAUUUGUUUUGCGGUUGUGGUCAUUCUGUGUUUCAUUUAUUAUGUAUGUACAAUUCUAUGUUCCUCGUUAUCUUUCAGCAAUUCUGCAUGCCUCGACUUUUCACUUUUUCAACCAGUUUUUCAACAGAUUUCCAAUGCUGUAAGGCUUGAUUCUUUAAAACUUUGUGAUGGUGAGGUGCAGCAAUUCUGUGCUCUUUCGUGGAGCGCAUUCGCUUGGUAUUUACUUGGUUUAAUCUCAUGCUUGAUAAUAAUCAAAGGACUAGAGCAUUUUAUGAUAUGCAGUGCUGCAAAUUAUGCUCACAUCAGUAGUGGAUUUAAAUAUUUCGAGUUAAGAGAGGAUGUUGAUUAA